AUGACAUCGGAAUCAUCAUCUCUAUCGACAACAAUUCUUGAACAAGUUGAUAUGCUUAAGGAUUGGAUUGACCACCAUUUAAAACUAAUCAUUUCGGAAGAGAAUAAGGAGGAAUUUUUAUCACUUGUUAGGGAGAAGAAGUGGUUAUUGAUUGCAACUCCUCCUCUUUUAAUGUUCCUCUCAUCAAUGAUCAAAUUAUAUGGAAAUUAUAGAAAGGUAAAGCAAAUUCCGGGGGGCUUGGCCUUAUUCUUUUCACCAUUCAAAAUUCCAUUCCUUGCACCAGUGUUUUAUAUGGGAAAUUGGAAUGGAAUGAUUGAAUAUGCCAAUGAAAAGGGUGAUGGUGAAGGAAAUGUUAGAGUUUCAUUUGUUGGAUUUAAUUAUUUCCUUGUCACUAGAGAAAGAGCUCUCAUGAAGGAAAUAUUGUUGAAUAAGCAAGCCUUUUUGGAUAAGCCAAGUAUUGUUUAUGAUAUGUUUAAUGUUUUUGGAGAGAAUAUUGUGAGUGCAUUGACCAUUGAUUCAUGGAAAAGACAUCAUAGAGUAUGUAAUGCUGCAUUCUCAGUGGAGAAUUUAAAGUACAUGUGUGGACAAGCUUCUAAAGUUACAGAUUUGUUGACUGACUUGUGGGAAGAAAGAUUGAAGAAUGGAAAUGGCGAGUUUAUGUUUGAUUGUGAUGAUUUCUCAAUGGUUACAUUGGAAGUUCUAGGUUUGGCUGGAUUUAAUAUGUCAUUUGGAGUUUUUGAUAAGAAUGAUGAAAGUGGAGGUAAAUUUAAGGAUGCUGUGGAGAAGAUUUUCACUGUUGGAAUGUUGAUGAGGAGAUUUUUAGGUGGCACUCCAAUACUUUAUCCUCUAGCUCAAAGAAUAUUUGGAGUUUCUCAUGCUUUGGAAAUUAUCAAUAAGAAAUUGGAUGCUGCCAUUGAGGACAGAAGAAAGGAAAUGGAAGAAAAUAUUGACACUUUUUCAAAGAGUGAUAUCUUGAGCUUGUUGGUAAAGGCAAACUCUAAGGAAAACCUCCUAACAGAUCAAGAAUUGAAGAGCAAUACAUUAAUAUUCGUGUUGGCCGGUGAAGAGUGGGUCAUUUAUGAGCUUGCUAAGAAUCCUCAAUACCAAGAGAAGGCAAGGGAGGAAAUUGAAAGAGUUCUCUCUGAAAGAAUACCAUCCUAUGAUGAUUAUGAUAAUUUGGAUUUACUUAAUUGCAUCUUUUUGGAAACUUUGAGAUUACAUCCUGCUGCAGCUGGAAUUCUCAAACAAGCCAACAAGACCAUCACUAUUGGAAAGUAUACUAUUCCAAAGGAUACCAUUGUUGAUUGCUCCAUUGUUGGAGUUCAAACAAGUGAAAGUGUUUGGCCAGAAGCCUCAGUCUUUAAACCAGAACGUUGGCUGGAUAGAGAGUUUAGAUCUAAAGCUCAACAUGAUUAUUCAUUCCUUAGUUUCUCCACUGGUUUGAGAAAGUGCAUUGGAUUCAAUUUUUCAAAAAUGGAAGCUUGCAUGAUUUUGGCAAGAGUAUUGAAAAAGUACAAGUUUGAAUUGCUUAACAAUGAAGCACAAGGAGAUAUUGUCGUUGGUUCUAAAGGAGUAACUACAAGACCAGAAAAUCUCAAAGUCAAAGUUACUAAACUUUAA